CGACACUGUAGUCUUUAGGUAUUGCUGCAAGCAGAGAAGCAGAGAGAAGCACGGAAACCUUUAUGAAAAAGGCCUUCGUCAAAGAAAUAUAUAUAGAAAUAAAAAGGAUUUAGAUUACAAAAAAAAAUGGUUGAUUCUUGGCAAGAAUGCAUGGAUUAUUGCAUUUCUGUGACUAGAGAAGCUGGGAAGGUGAUUCACGAAGCGCUAAAACAUGAUGUUUCAAUAAUGUUGAAGAGUUCUCCUGUAGAUCUUGUGACUGAAACUGAUCAGAAAGUGGAAGCUCUAAUUAUAUCAUCAAUCAAGCAAAAGUUUCCAUCUCACAGUUUUAUUGGUGAAGAGUCUGUUGCUGCUGGAGCACCCAGCAUUCUGACAGACAACCCCACAUGGAUAAUAGAUCCAAUUGAUGGGACUACAAACUUUGUACACAGAUUCCCAUUUGUGGCUGUAUCUAUUGGUUUUGCUGUGAACAAAGAGAUUGAAUUUGGAAUAGUUUACAGCUGUAUAGAAGAUAAAAUGUAUACUGCCAGAAAAGGAAAAGGAGCAUUUUGCAAUGGGAUUAGGAUACAUGUAUCAGGACAAGAAGAUAUAUCAAACUCACUUGUAUUAACUGAAAUUGGAUACAAAAAGGAUCCAGAGCAUUUUAAAACAAUGAUGACCAACAUGCAAAGGAUUGUGAGCAUCCCAACCCAUGGAAUCCGGUCUCCUGGAAGUGCAGCUGUCAACAUGUGCCUUGUGGCUGCUGGAGCAGCUGAUGCCUAUUAUCACAUAGGAAUCCACUGCUGGGACAUGGCAGGAGGGGCUAUCAUAGUAACUGAAGCUGGUGGAGUGAUUAUAGAUAUCAGUGGAGGUCCUUUCGAUCUGAUGUCUCGGAGGCUGAUCACAGCGAGCAGCAGAGCUCUUGCAGAGCGGAUUGCUAAGGAGAUUCAGCCUUUUCCCUGUGGAAGAGACGAUGAAGAAGACUAGGAUACUUUUUACUUAGGAUACUUAUACUGUAGUGCCUACUGUAUAUUUGGUUAUUUGAUGCCUGAAGUUGGUUUUCGUCAAAGUUAUAAAUUAAUGUCAACGUUUGCAAAAUGACUUGGGACCCACAGGUUUAAAUUAAAAAAAACUUUGGCUGUUGAGUCAUCUUCAGGUUUUUUUCCGCUUGUCAGUGUGGAAUUAGCCUCGGCUUGUUGCAGCCUGCAUGCCUACCAGAGGGAAAGUAUACUGGUUAAAUGUCUCCUACCUUUUAAAAAGGUAUAAAUAACUACAGAUUUGUCUAAAGUUAGAAAGCUCCAGAAAUUGAUACAUUUACUGAUUAUAAGAAAGUCUUUGAAAAUAUUUGAGAGAUCACAUUCCAUAUGCAGUACAACAGCGCUGUUUCUAGGUAGUACCUCGUAAUUUCUUCUGCUGUGCAGGAUGGGGUUUUGUGAAGGCACGCAAUCAACAUCAGGUUUGGCUAAAAGAAAAUCACCAAAAAGGACAGAAAAGAUCACAGAACCCUUUGCAUUUUGCAUGCAUCACAAUAUACUUCUUAUUUCUUUCUCUUGGUCAAUAUUUGCAUUAGUUUAUUUGACUUAAUCUUAAGAAGAUACAUCAGUUGAGAUUGAUUUUUGUAAUGCAUAAAUGUUAUCAUUCCAAAUGAUAGAACAUACAGAUAUUUUAGAAUAAAUUCAAAUAUUUUAAAUACCGUACUUUAGUUAUAUGUGGAUAAAGAAUAGACAACUGAUUCACUGUGAUAUGGAAAUGCCACUGGCUUUGUCUCUACUGACAACGAGCUUAUUUGUUAUGGCAGGUGUUAUCAGUUUCUAUUACAUCUUCUGUCACAGUUGUUCACUUGUGGAUUCAUGAAGGUAACAGUUUGGAGUUUGUGAUCUGAGAAAAUCACAAUCUCGUGCUGGAAGCUUCAAAUGUUUAUACUUUAGAAAUGUCAGAUUUACUGCCAAGUAUUGAUGUAGUCUUCAUCCUUGGAUGGCAGCUAUAUUUAAGAUUAUGGAUUAUAAAAUACAAAUGUUUACCUGGUGCCUUUAAAUUCAAUAUUUGUCUGGGUUAUUGUGUAGUCAAAGAACUAACGUGAUCUUGAUUAACGUAACUUUAAUAUACUGUAUCACAAGUGAACAGUUGAAUUUCUCAAGGGUAUCAUGUGUAUUAAGGUGUAAACAUUCUGUAUGAUCUACUGUAGUAUGGUACAAUAUUUAAAGAUUAUAUCAUAUUUAAUAAAAAAUGUAUUUCUCUGCA